GAGACAUAUUAUUUCGAUAUUUAUACGUUACAAAAAUGUUUUAAGUAGGCCUACAUCCUUGAAAUAUUUGCUUGUUAACAUUUGGUGUUGGUUUCUUAUCCAACGCGCCUCUAUGCCGUUUCACACUAUGACGUAAUAAUUGUGAUGUCAGAAAAAUCUACCGUAUAUUAUAAUAACACGCAAUUUCCAGCCUUCUUUGGUUAAUAGGAAAAUGAAUCUGUUCGUGCUGGAAUCAACUACAUUACACACAAUGGUAUGAAAACAUAUAUAUGAUUAUAACUGGGCCGUAUGCGUACUACAGGUCGCCAUGUAACACGUUUAUCAUACGUUAACAUUUUAGGCACAAGGGCCUCACAUGCAACAGCAUGUUGGCUACUCUGUUUUAUGGACACGGUUAAAUCAGUGCCGAACGACAAAAGUUUACAGCUGGAUUGAUUGCUUGCAAAGUAUUAAGGAUUAUUUCUUCUUUAUACAAGUGAAGGGUGAAUUCUUUCUUAGCCUCUGCAAACAACUACUAAGUAUACGAAGGAACAUGAUGGCCUGUCUUAUUAUGAGAUGCAUUUACACUAUUCUUGCCGUCGGUUGUGUGUGUUAUGGACAUGAAACAUGGACGUGCACGACAAACACAGAUGCGCUCGUGAAAAACACGUGUCCAAAGGAAAUGGAAGAGAAAAUUCGUGCAUUAGAAGUUCAGGUACAACAACUCCAGAAGCUUGUUAAAGAACAAAACACUUCUGUGUUUACGACUAUAGAAGGCUUUCCGAAAGGUAAAAUUUUUUAAUAGUUUCUAGAUUCUUG